AUGCGAAGGAGAUACUUGAACCAGAUCUACAAGGUUGCUGAAGACGAGCAAAUGAUGCGCCACAGAAUGGGUCCAGCGAACCAGAAACGGAGCUACACUGCUGGCGCUGGUUGGAUUCCAGCAGGUACUCAAGCUGCGGCAUCUACAAGUCAGAGUGACCGCCAAGAUAGCGAAGACGAAGAAGACUCGCCUGUCCUCAAUUCGUCCACGAUGGCGCGCACAGAGUCUCAUUCAGAGGAUUAUGCAAUGUCAUCCAAAUCCGAGGAGCAAGCAGAUAACUCCGAAUCAGCAUCCUCAUACUCCGGGGUCGAGCUCAUCAAGGAGGCCAAGGUCGAGCAGGUGCCGUUCAGUGGAUUCUUACCGGCAGACGAAGUCGCAGUGGCCGGCCCUAGUCAUGGUUCAGACUUGAAAUUCGACCCUGCAGAUGAGCCUAUGACGAUUCCGCUUGGGUCAGUGCCGCCCAGUGAGGACAUGGACUACUAUGAACCAUCAUGGGGUAGCAGCACAACGAUGGUUCAAAGACCACCAGAGGCAUAUCAGCAGCCUCAGUAUGCCGGUGCUCCCACUCCUUGGUAUGAAGGUGCGUCCAUGAGUCAUGCGCAAGGCCAAAUGCCUACUGUCAGCAAUCAACCUUGGAACGACUACCGUCAUGGAUUCGGGCCGUAUCAACCAGCGACACUCUCUGACAGAGUGAUGAAUGAAGCAGUACCUCAAAAUGCUGGGUUUGUGAACAUACACCAGAUGGCCAUGUCGGCGCCUUUUGUACAGCCGAUGGUGACAGCAGCCGAUGAAGGGCAGCAUGUUAUGUACCAAGGGCCCAGGAUGCAUUACGGCCAUGAUGCUUUCGAGCAGCACAGUCAACCUGGAUACAUGGGUACACAGCACCCAGAGAUGUACUCGAGAUGGUCCUGA